UAUUGUUGAUGACAUCAGUCACAUAGUGAAUAUCACUAAAUUGGUAUAAGAUUCUUCAAAAUGCAGACUUUUUGCGCUAAUGAAGAGUGGUAACUGGGUUCGCGUGACAAAUUACGCAUAAUCCAAAACGAGGCUUGGUGGAAAUGAGUGAAAACUGAAAUUUCGAAAAUUUUCAAAAUAACAGAUGGAUUUCCAGUUUCCUGUUCUCAAGACCCAUGAGGUUGUGGAAUUUAUCAACCUUUCCUAUCCCAAUCUUGGAACAAUCACUGAUAAAGAUUUCCACAAUCCACAAAGGAUCUAUGCUGUGUUCUUUGAAGACAUUGCUCAGGUGAGCGCAGAUAGAAUGAUCCAGGUGCAGUUCAGUGCAGCAGAGCACCUGGAGUACCAAGAGACGUAUGAGGAGGGUAUCCCUCUUAUACAGUUUGUCAUAGCAAUGCAAAGACUCAUGUUUGCGUGUGGUGUGGAGGACUUUAACAUCAGUGACAUUACUCAACCAAAGAUCAAGAGAACCCUGAGGUUAUUGUCUGGUCUUAUUAACUUCAAACGUUUCUCUCAGGAGAGGCUAGAGUUUGUGCAUGACAUAAAGCAACAACGGGCGGUUGAAAAAGAGCAAUUUGAUCAACUUACUAAACAGAAUGAUGAUCUGAGGGCAAAGAUUAAUGCUAUAAAAGCAUCAAAAGCAGAGAAAGAACCUGAAGUUAAGGAGUACAUUGAGCGCACUGACAUGGUAACUCGCAAAAUGCAAGAACAUCACAAGACUCAGGCCACACUUCAGAAAGAUAUUGCAGCUAGGAAACAAGACAUUACAAAUAAAACAGCCCAGAUAAAUCAACUGAAAGUGUCACUACUCACUCAAAAAGAGGCUAGCCAGAAGCUGUCCCGACAGAUUGUCCAAUCACCUGAGAGACGUAAAGGCGAUCAGGAGAGGAUGAAGUCGCAACUGACGCAGCUGAAAGUGACCAAAGAAGACAAGCUGCAGAGACUCUUGGAGCUGAGAGAUGAUAAAGAGAAGAGAGUCCAGCUGGAGAAUGACUCUGAACAAGGACUCAAGUUAAUCAUGGGAAUCAAUGCAGAGAUUGAGAAGGAAAGGGAAGUUUUAGGAGAAAUCUCAAAUAUUCGUGACAAAACCACUACACAGAAAGACUGCUUGAGAGACCUUGCAGCACAAGAGACACAAACAAAACGCAUGCUAUCCACACGCCAGGACAAAAUCACUAAAAAUUCCCUCCAACAUCACAAUAAAGUGGAAAGUUAUAAAGCAACAGUGGAACAGUCUCAAAAUGAACUUGAGAGGUUUACUCAGCUCCAUGAUGAAGAUGAAGCAGGGAAGCAGAAAAUGAAUGUUAUGAAGAUGAAGAUGCUACAAGAGCUGAAGGUUGCAACGGAAAAGCAUAAGGAAGACAUGAUCUGUAUACAGGAUCAAUAUAGAAUGGUUUUAAAAAAGUUGGAUGGGAAACAUGAAGAAGUGAUGAAUGUUGCUGAUGAAGUUUUACAAAGUGUUAAAUGUACAUGAAACUUAUAGACUAUUACUCAUGUAGUCCAUGUAUGAAGUGUCUGUAUAUAGAACAUUUAGGUCAUGUCCACAUGGACAUUCAAUGUAUAUAACAUGGACCCUGCAUACACAGUAUAUAUUAACUGCCUGUACAUAGAACUGUUCAUAGAUAUAGAUCGCAUCCACCAACAUUCACCAAUUUCAACUGUACACACUCAUACGGACAUAUUGUAUAGAAAAACUCCAAGUUGCUUCCAUAGACCUGAGCUUUUGUCAGUAAAAAAGAGAUGUUUUUGAUAUUUAAAAUGGAGCAUUCAUUCGGGAUUGAAGUUUUAGAAAUUUCUGUGAGAAGUGAGUAAUGACAAUAUCAGAUAGAGGAAUAAAAAAUGUUAAAUUCUGUACAAACAGAAUUAAAACGUGUUCAUAAACCCCUCACAUAAACUCACUGUAUAUGUUAUAUCCAAUAGGUAGAGAUGGAAUUAUGAUUUUCUGAAACACAUGUACCUUCACAUGUCAAUGAAUGUUGCUCAUCAAGAAGUAAUCUAUAGCUCGUGGAAGAAUAAACAAUUAUCUCAAACUAGAAAUAUGCAGCAUUUGUCUUAAAUAUUUUCAGCUGUGAGUUGAUUCAUUGCACAACUGUAAAAACUGUCAUCAUUAUACAUACAGAAUAAAUAUGACAAGAAUAUACUAGAAGAAAUAUGAAUUGCAUU